UGAUCCAAACGUAACCGAUGGCCGAUUCUAACGCGCACCCGCCGCCGGCGGGGGAUCAGCGGGUCCAGCGGCUGGCUACCCGCGCUUCCAUCGCACUCGCCGCUGCGGCUACACUCUUCCUCCUGUACCUCGUCCGGCACGCCUCCACCCCCUGCUUCCCCGCGUCCCACACCAUCCCCCUCUCUCUCUUCCCCCGCAACUCCUGCGACGCCGCCUCCCGCCGCGUCCUCCCCCCGGACCGUCGGCUCGCAAAGCUCCGCUCAUCCUCUCGCUGGCGCCGCCGCUCCACUGCGCUAGCUUCCUCUGUAUUCCCCCCGCUACACGGCCUCCGCCUCCUGGCCAACUCCUCCCGCGUCCUCUGCCUCGCCGCCGGAGCCGGCAACGCCGUCGACGCGCUCCACGCAGCGGGAGUAAGCGAAGUGACCGGGAUCGACCUCGUGGACUUCCCGCCGCUCGUCCGUCGCGCAGACCCCCAUCGCCUCCCCUUCUCCGACGGUGCCUUCGAUCUCAUCUUCUCUGACGACCCGGCGGGGAUCUCCGGUGCGCUCUUCCCGGCUCGCGUCGCCGCGGAGGCCGAGCGCGCUGUCCGCCACGGAGGCGCCAUCGCCCUCGCCGUCGACCGGCAGCAGGACCCCGCCGCCGUCCCCGCGCUCUUCAGGAGGUCGCGCGUCGUGGAUACCAGGGCUGUCACCUUGGAUGGCUCCCAGGUCAGGUUGCUAAUUUUUCAGAGUAAUGGCACCACCCUGAACCCGCGAUGAUAUUCUGAACCAGUGUUAAAGUAAUUCUCCUGUUCAUCAUGUUGUUUCUGUUUAGAUCAAACACUAGAUUUUACUGAGCUAUGGAUUUCUGCAUCAGAAUACAACUGUAACUGUGUAGAUCAAUAGUUGAGAAAAAUGGAAUAUUGCUGCGGUGCCGGUUGCUCUAGCAAUAAUAAAUUUCUAACAUUCCCUGAAAGUUCGAUCAUUUUGCUGUGCUUGUUUUUCUAGCUAUGACCAUACGAAUUAGGAUCAACACAUAUCAACUCAAUACAGAUUUUGGGAAUAUAUAUAGGCUCAUAUGCACCGCUUUGCAAUUUUGCAAACUUGUGGGCUUUUAAUAGUUCUUAAAAAGAUCAUGGUACUAUAAAUAUUGAUAUAGAUACAUAUAUACAGAAAUGUGUGAAGAAGAUAUGAUCAUUUAUGCAAAAUAGAGUGCUUCUAUGGUUGAUGGAGUUUUUUCUUCUGCAAUUUAAAGCAAAUUAAUGGUUGUGAUUAGAGGACUACUCGGUCGGUCUUUUUUUAAGAAAGGUUAGUUUGGUUAGUUACAAACAUUGUUAUCCAGGUCCAAAGAGAUGAAGACUAAAAACCCAUUGACAACCCAUGCACACACUUCAUGUACAAGUACAACCCACAAGCACUUGUCUGAAAACUACCAGGUCUAGUGCCAUAGUUGUGUACUCAUCUCCUUCGCCCGACUGUCUGGACUCUGAAGAGAAGUUACCGGCUUGCCGUGCAUCUAACCCUCAGAAAUCCCAAAUUCCAAAUUAAAUUAUUGUCCUUGACCUCCAAUUUGAUCAUCAUCCCCACCCGGACCUGGCCGGUGCCCAAAUCCUAAACCUUGGUCAUCUGCCCAACUGAGUCCUAAUUAUUAUACCAUCCCAAUGUUCAAUGUACUAUCUCUACUCCUAAAGGCGGACUUGGUAGCUUCUCUUUCACGGAUUUUUUUCACCUCGCCUCCCACCAUCAUCUAUUUUCGUCUGGUUUUUUUUGCCUCAUAUCCAUCCAACGCUCCACGCUGGUUUUUUACUCUCCCACCAACGCCUAGAACACCUACGCACACAUCUCUCUCACUCGCCUCUCCCCCAUCUCGCCUCUCCUUCUUGAGCCAUCGUUGCUGCCGUCCAGUACGGAUCACUUCCUCUACUGAUUGGCGCCGCCACAGCACAACCGGGUCCCAUCUGGCUCUCCUUCUUUCCAACAUCCACCGAUGCAUCGUUGCUCCGCCGCCGCGCGCGGCCGCCCGGCUAACCUAACCGCCUCUAUCUUCGAUGAUGACCCCGACACCGGCGCCUCCGUGUUACUCUCCCUGUUUGGCUCCCCAAAUCCCUCUGCCUCGCCGUCACGGACGUCGAUGAUGACGCCUCCCUGAACCUCGACAGGUAAUGUCACAUCAUCUCAGUUUCUUGAGAAUUGACAUGGUCAGUCAUGUACUGAAAGUGUGAUGCUCUUUCUGUAGUUGGCCCUUUAAAUAGCAAGUGGGGUGUGUGUGUUGCAUCUGAUGUGCACGAGCUCAACCUGGCGAGCUCCUGGGAGAAGAAAAACGGAGCCACAACAGCCCUGGCGAGCUUGAGAUGACGAAAGUGCCACAGGUGGUGUGGGAGAGGAGAUGGUCUCCAUCCGAGGUCCGAGGACCAGCCAUGACGUCGAGCUGCUGCAGCGUGGAGUCAGGAGUGUGUUCGCACCCCGGCGUGUCCCAGUAUGUGCUUUGGAAGACACGCGUCAAUCUCAACAGACCCUUAUGCGUCCACAUUAUUUGCUUCAGAAACAGAUAGCAGCUCUCUGAUGUAGUAAGGAGAAACCAAGAAUGAUAGAGCAUCCUCGUGUCAAACUCAACACACCCUGGCACUUCUCCAUUGUUUGAUUCAGAAACAGGCAGAAACAACUGCUAUCUCUGAAUUUAUUUGUUUCUGCUAUCUCUGAAUUUAUUUAAGGUUGUUUCUCUUA